UGGCUUAAUCCGGAGACGGUCCAAAAAGGAAAACUUAAACCGAAAGAAGCCCACGCACGAACAAGCCUGAGAUCUUGCAAUUUAUCUCCCGAUUUGGAAGCUGGACUGUCUCUUUUGGCCACGAUGAAGCGGCCUUGCGAGGACACUACCUCAGACAGCGAUAUGGACGAGACGAUAGACGUGGGGAGUGAAAAUAAUUACUCUGGGCACAGCGCCAGUUCGGUGAUCCGAUCAAAUUCUCCUACAACAACGUCUCAGAUUAUGGCCAGGAAAAAAAGAAGAGGGAUUAUAGAGAAAAGGCGCCGUGAUCGUAUAAAUAACAGUUUAUCUGAACUGAGGCGGCUUGUUCCAACGGCUUUUGAAAAACAAGGAUCUGCCAAAUUAGAAAAAGCAGAAAUCCUGCAAAUGACAGUGGAUCAUUUGAAGAUGCUCCAGGCAACAGGCGGGAAAGGUUACUUUGAUGCUCACGCCCUUGCCAUGGAUUUCAUUAGCAUUGGGUUCCGAGAAUGUUUAACUGAAGUUGCGAGAUACCUGAGUUCGGUGGAAGGUCUGGACACGUCUGACCCUCUAAGAGUUAGAUUGGUCUCCCACCUCAGUUCAUGCGCUUCUCAGAGGGAAGCUGCUGCAAUGACCUCUUCCAUGGCACACCACCACCACCCAUUGCAUCCUCACCACUGGGCGGCAGCUUUCCACCAUCUCCCUACGGCUUUGCUGCAGCAGAAUGGACUACAUUCCUCCGACAUCUCCCCUUGCAGACUCUCAACCGCAUCAGAGGUGCCUCCCCACGGAUCUGCUCUUCUCACAGCCACUUUUGCUCAUGCUGAUUCCACACUUAGAGUGCCCUCUGCUGGCAGUGUCGCUCCCUGCAUCCCACCUCUUUCUACCUCUCUGCUCUCGCUCUCAGCCACUGUGCAUGCUGCAGCUGCAGCCGCCGCACAGAGUUUUCCUCUGUCUUUUGCUGGGGCAUUCCCAAUGCUUCCGCCGAGUGCAGCUGCAGCAGUAGCAGCUGCAACAGCCAUCAGCCCACCAUUGUCUGUAUCAGCAACUGCCAGCCCUCAGCAAUCCAGUGGUAAUGGAAACAGCAAACCCUACCGACCUUGGGGGACUGAAGUUGGAGCAUUCUAAAUUUUUUCUUCACCAGCCUUCAUUGGACUUCUGCAGUUACCACAGAAAGUUCUUUACAGAAAGUGUAGACCAUGAACUGGUCAAGUAACCCUAUGGAUUCCCAAAGGACAGACUGGGAAAAGUAAAACGAUGCUGCCUUAAGACUGGUCAAAAUGGACAUGAGGUAUUUUGUCUUUGUUCGAAUUAGGCAUCAUACUGGACAGCAGCGAUCUUCAAAAUGAGGACUCCCAUGUUGCCAAGUACGCAAUUUCCUGAGAAAUGUAUAGACCGUAGAAUUAAUCCCCUUGCUAUGCAUUUUUAUUUUUAUUUUAUUUGUCAGAGGGGUAAUGGAUUAUAGCUAUAAAAAAAAAGAUGAACACUGUCCAAAAUGUGCAAGUGCCUGCUCUCUUCAAAAGGUGUGGUGUGUUUGUGUGCCUGUGCAUGUAUUUUCCUGUCUAAGGCAAAUACUGUAAGUAUGGAAAUGAAACUAGAGUGAAAAGAGAAGUGAUUUGGAAUCAUGUGAUGAAAUCUACAAUAAGAAUACAAUUCCUAAACAAAAUGCAAACUGUAAAGCUUCAAUCCUUUGACGUCAGUGGGACCUAAGCAAAGUAACUGUGUGCAGGAUUGCAAUCUAGGAAUAACCAAACAGGUUUUGAAGCUGUAUGCGCCUAAUCUAAUCUCACCUAGUUUACUUUCUUUGUGUACUUGUCAAAUAAUGAUAACCUGUGACAUAAUGCUAAAAGCACUGAUCUUUCCAAUGCUUGCUUUAACUAUGAGCAUCUUGACUCUUUCUUUAAAACAAAUGGUUUAAAAUGAUAUCCAGGUGUGGGCAUGUGUGGGUAUCAGGA